CUCUAGAGUACCUGGUAGUUCGUUCAAGCUCGCAACUCGAGCAGUGCAGACUGCGCCCAACUCACCAGUAGACCUCCCAUCCUCCCAGUGAAAGGUCUGCGCAACAUCACGGUCAACAGACCUACCACGAAAUCAUACCGCCGCAUCUGGAGCUCACUCCAACGUGGUCGCAUCCGAGGACGAGCACGAGCACGCAUCCUGCUCCUCACUCGACCUCAAUCUCACUCUCCUCCUCAAGUCUUGAACCAGAGCCACGACUACGCAGGAGCAGUCACCUUGCGCUCUCCGACUACACCUUCUUCCCGAACCCUUGACGCCCGCUUCAACUGGGUAGCGAACUUAGAGCACACCUCACCUCCGUCUGCCGUCCGACCUGCAUUUACCCCUCUGACGAAGUCGUUGAAAAGAAAUACACAUAAGCAAACAUGUCCGGCGUCCCUGCAAGAUUCUGGGGCCAACCAAUCCGGUACCUACGCUGGGCCUCGCACGAGAAACCCGCCAUCUUCUGGGCCUGCGUGCUCGGCGGAUGUGGUCCCUUGUCCUUCCUCGUCAUUCCAUCCUUGAGAAGAUUAGCCGGUGAUGAAGAUCCGCCCUUGAUCCCACAUUCAUACCCUGGUGAGUUUCUUCUCUCCCGUGAGCUUCGCGGGUAGUCACUUGCCUUUCAGAGUACAGCCCUGCAAGUGCUCACAGAUCAAACACUAACGUCUCUGUCCACAUCUAGUCCCCAGAGGUCCGAGGAAGAUCCCAGAAGGUUUCGAUGAUCCGAAAUGAAGGUAACCUCUACGAUCUCGUUCACUACCACAUGAGAGACACCAAACGGGCAUGAUGUACUCGAGAGGACAAACGGGCACGUAAAGCACUGUACAUAGGCCUUAUGAAGACUGAUUCAAUAAUCACAUUUGCGUAUCA